AGUCGUUUUGAUCUUUCCCCUAGCAAGGUAGGUUAAGCGUUGGCAAGCAAGCGUGUCAUGUACGUAUAUAAGUCGGACUCAGCUCUCGGCCACAUUGUGCGAGUUUUCUACCCAACCUAGCUCCUACCCAUUUCUUCCUCUUCCUCUUCGUCUUCCUCUGUGUUUAAGAUCCUUAAUUUUUCACACAGACCAAAACCUUCUAUUGCAUCGAAAGCAUCAAUUCUUCCUAAAGCGAGAACUACUGAUCUAGCUAACCCUCCAGACGUCAACGUACAUUCAAUAUUUCACCAGAUGAUGAUGAUCAGCAAAAACAUGGAUUAUGCACAACAGUCUAUUGGAAAACCUGCACUACUCUUGUUGCUCUUCAUUGGGAUCUUCUACGGCCUCUUUGUUUGGUCUUCCUCUAUCAGCAAUCCGUUCAAUGCAUUCCAAAAGGAAUCCAUUUGCACGCCUUCAAAAACGACCACCGAUAUUUAUGUCCCCCAACAAGAUGAGCUUGAAGAAGCUCUAUCCAAAGCUUCCAUGGCAAAUAAGACGGUCAUCAUCGCUAUCGUAAACAAGGCCUACGCGGACCAAGACAUCAGAGCAGACACCACCAUGCUUGACCUCUUCCUUGAGAGCUUUUGGCUUGGGGUGGAGACUAGACCACUCCUUGAACACCUCUUACUCGUUGCCGUAGAUCAGACGGCCUAUGAUCGCUGCCAGUUCCUACGCUUGAACUGCUAUAAAUUGGAAACGGACGGCGUGGAUUUUGGGGGAGAAAAGAUUUACAUGUCGGAGGAUUUCAUCAAGAUGAUGUGGAGAAGAACUCAUUUUCUCAUGGAAGUUCUCAAGCGUGGCUACAACUUCAUCUUCACGGAUACCGAUGUAAUGUGGCUAAGAAACCCAUUUUCACAGCUAAGCAAAAACGAAACCGAGGAUCUACAGAUCAGUACCGACAUGUUUUUCGGUGAUCCAUGGUCGGAAAAACAACUGAUCAACACCGGAUUUUACUACGUUCGAUCGAACAACAAGACCAUUACACUGUUGAACACAUGGUAUUCUAAGAAGGACAACUCCACGGGGCAGAAGGAGCAAGAUGUGCUAUUAAACCUAAUUAAAGGGGGAAUAAUUAAACAACUGAAUCUUACUGUAAGGUUCUUGGACACCCUCUAUUUUAGUGGGUUUUGUCAAGAGAGCAAGGAUUUUAGGGUAGUGACCACCGUCCAUGCAAAUUGUUGUCGGAGUAUUACUGCCAAGGUGAGGGAUUUAAAGGUUGUCCUCAAUGAUUGGAAGCGAUUCAAGAAGAUUAGUUCUUAUAGAAGGCUGGCUAAUGUGACGGAAAACUUCCGGUGGUCGGGACACUUGGGAUGUCGGAAUUCGUGGGGGCCAGUAAAUAAGAGUGCCACUCAUGAUUAAAAAUCAUUUAGUAACUAAGUGUACCUUUAAUUUUGUUCCUAUUAUAAUGUUCAAAUUUGUAGGGAAAAUUAUUAUCAUGAUCCGUUAUUGAUCUAUUUGUAAGUUAAUGCGUAGAAUAUGCUAUCAACAUUAUUUAUAUAAUGAAAUUUGAUUUGUAAUA